CCUUCAACCGAAGAAGACGUCACUUGGAUUCUAACGAGACUUCACUGACAAACAUGUCCAAGGAACAAACCUAUCCAAAGGACUCUCUCAGGAUGGUUCUUAUUGGGAAAACUGGAGCUGGGAAAAGUGCAGUAGGAAACACCAUCUUAGGAGAGAAGGUUUUUCAAUCAUCAGUUUGUUCUUCCUCAGUGACGAUAGUGUGUAAGAGAGAAACAGGGAAGGUUCAGGGCCACAAACUGGAGGUUAUUGAUACUCCAGGUCUGUUUGACACCAAGCUGAGUCAAGAGCAGGUGACAGCAGAAAUUGCUAAGUGCAUCGCAUACGCUUCUCCUGGACCUCAAGUGUUCCUGAUCAUCCUCAAGGCAGACAGAUUCACUAAAGAAGAAGAAGAAACAGUGAAAAUCCUUCAGAGGCUGUUUGGAGAACAGGCUGCAUGUUACACCAUGGCCCUGUUCACCCGUGGAGACGAUCUGGAGGAAGACGGCGUCACCAUAGAAGAUGUUGUUGGUAAAAAUCAGGUUCUCAGCGACUUCCUCGAUCAGUGCAAAGGAGGAUUCCAUGUUUUUAACAACAGAAAUAAAGAACCUGCUCAGGUCCAUGAGCUGCUGGAGAAGAUCAACACAAUGGUUGAGGGAAAUGGAGGAAGAUACUACACCAACGAGAUGUUCCAAGAGGCUGAGAAAGCUGUGGAAAAAAAGAUGAAUGAGCUUCUGAAGGAUGAACCACAGAUGAACCGGGAUGACGCAAGAUCUGAGGCAAAAGAACAUGUGGCAGCAAAUGAAGAUGGUUCCUUAGCCCUUGUUGGAGCAAGUGUUGGAGCAAUUUUUGGGCCGAUUGGGGCGUUGGUUGGAGCAAUAGGGGGAUAUGUGACUGAAGCAGUGGUUGAAAAAGCAACAAAACAAAAAUGCGUCAUACAGUAAUAUUUAAUAAAAAGGAGUCAUCAGCUCAUUGCUGCUAAAUGAAAAUAGAUACAAAUUUCAAAAAAAUCUAAUCAUUAAAACAGUAUUUAAUCAUGUUUGUAAGGUCAGAGUGCCCUUGAGUCUAAAGGCUCCUUUAUACUUCUCCGUUUAAGAAAAAACUGACAGAUAAGACCGCCCUAUCCGCCGUGGAACGCCCUCUCCGAGCGCCUCGGACAGCUUUUUGUGCACCUCUGAUUUUUCUAACUGUCCGUAUAUAUUUCGGAGACCCCACGGACAGCCCUUGCCUGUGAUUGGUACGCUAACGACAUCAUUUCCCGUUUGACAUCAUUUCCGGAUUUCACAUUUCCGGACCUCAAACUUGCUGCUUCUUUCUCUAUCACAAUAAACAUAAACACAAGUACGAUUCUACGAUUAAUGUGACGUGUGUGUUAAGCCAGCGGAGUUGUCCGGCUGACGAUGGCUCGUUAGAGCACUGAGGGCAUGUGUGCACGGUCACAGACGCUUAUAACGAGCUUUCAAAACGGCGCUAGCGGGCUAGGCUAGCGGGCUAGGAACCAUGCUAACUGCGGUGGUAACGGUGCAAAAAACCCGCUGUCACGACUUUAAUUCCACUUCUAUCAUGACACUGUUUCUAUAAUACCGUCAGGUUAGAAGCAAACACUUGGUAGUAGUUAGUGUCGGGAGUCCCUGCUGACUGUGUGGAAGCUGGGAGGGGAGCUAGCUAGCUCCGUGUAGCUUCAAGCUGUGGGAUUAGCAACACAGUUGGGAAACAAGACCGCGGAACCGCUGCGCUAAGAAACGAUUACAUCAGCAUUUUGACCUGCUGGGUGUCACUUUAUUUUAUUUAGUUGCCAUCGUAGCCUACACUGUGUGUGAGGGAAGUAGGGAGUAAGUAAAUAAACAGCGUGGACUUCUUCUGAUUACUCGUGAGGUAGGCUUCUCCAAGCUUGUCUUCCGUUGCGCCACCUACUGUUCUGGGGGUGAAUUGUUUUCACGGACAACUAUAAAUUAAAAAGUGUCCGUCCGAUCUGUCCGUUCGUCCGUCCGUAACGGAUUAAGGAGUAGCAUAAUGGAGCCUUUAGUGACACUUUGUACCAAGUUUGAAGAAAUUGCCUCGAGGUGUAUUUGAGAUGUGCAGAAUGUGGACGUACCAACGGACGGACGGUCAAACCAAUAACCUGCCUCCCCCCCUGAACAUAAGCAUGGAAACACUUUAACUUUGAUCCUGAUGUUUAUCAGAGAAUGUAUCAUCUGUCUCAGGAGAUGGUUUUCUACUGAAGAGUUUGACUAAUCACUACUCACGUGAUUAAUGAUGUCACACAUGUCAUAUGUGUGAUAUGUGAUUUAAAACCGGAGAAGACUCUGGAGCUGAUUAGCUAAAUUAUUCUGCCAUGAAAAGUUGGAUCAAUACGAAUAGAAUAUGAUUUUCUGGCCUAUGUCCACCAUCUUGAGUGUUUGUUAAUGUGGAGGAGCUGAGAGGACACAAGCAAAUAAAGGUCGCUGCCUAAAUACAAGAAGCUCCUGUUCUUUUUUACAUCUUUCUACAACUAGUAACACUGAGACCUGUUA